AUGUCGCUCCAGAGGUACAGUAUUGCAUGGACGGAUAAGCUUAUCCAGCGAACGGAGGCCCACCUUCAAGAUAUUCACUCGGCUAUUCAUCAAUAUUAUAAACAAGAGGGCUAUCCCACGCGUGUUCCUUUGCAUCAUUCAGCUCCCUCGAAGCUUGACGACGCUGCACCUAAUAAAGAAGCUGAGACGGAAGGCUCGUACAAAGAGCUCUCUCAGGUUACUGGCAGCGGCAUCUCCUCUACAUCACAGCCCUCGGAGAAUGUGGUGAGCCUUGUUGGCAGCUUUCCCUUGCGAAUCAGCGCGUAUCAUACACCCUUUUCGGAACUAAAUGCAGCGGGAGGAAAUGUGGGUGUUGAUCUCGUCGUCACGAUGCCGGCUUCGAAAUGUAGUCAGGCAAAUCUCCAGAACGGCGACUACCUCAAUCGACGCGCGUCGUUUCUGAAGGAGUUGGGAGAUUAUUUUGAAAAGCUGGCUGAAGAGGCUUCGGUAAAGCUCAAGGGCACGAAACGGACCAAAUCUCACGUUGAGGGUGAACAAAUAGCUGAGGAAGGGGAGGAUAAACACGCGUCCAGGAACGCCGAGCACGAUGCCCUUGAACGAUUUUCUCGUAUGAAGGUCACUUAUGCACCAAUGCACGGUUGCUACAGUUAUGGGGCAGAAAAGCAGAUUAUCCAACUUCGAUUUCUUCGCCGCAGCGCCGCCGUAGAGGAUUUUAAUCCUUCUUCGACCACCUCGACGCCGUUCUCUUCUUCCCCUUUACACAAGAACGGUAUUUAUGAGGUUUUUCAUAUUAAUCUCCAUCUUCGAUGUGCCUUUUCCUCGGGUCGCGUCAUGGGCGCAGUGGGAAUUCACAAGCAUCCUUACUUCAGCCAUCUUGUGCUUGAAGACUAUAUGAUGCCUCACUAUCUUAGAAAGAUCCAUACGUUAUGCGUCAACUGCGGCGGGCUUCGUCGUGCGAUUGUGAUGCUCAAGUGUUGGGCGCACCACACAGGUCUUAUGGCCUCUUCUUCAGGACACCCGGAGGGGUUGAAUGGGUUUGUCCUUGCUGCGAUGGUGCUUCAUCUACUUGACGAAGGAAUCCUCUUGCCGAAUAUGACCGAAGAGAAUGCAACCCGGACGGUAUGGGUGCGCAUCACGCAUGGGUAUUUUACUUCGCCAUCGGCGGAAUCAGCCACAAUACCGGUGAAACCGAGUGCAGAGGAGAGGGGCGAGGUCGCCGUGCUGCGCUUGAAGGGUGAGAUGAUGAAUCUUCUUUUUCGCACCUCCUUGAAUUUCUUCAAGACGGUUGUUGAGCAAGCAGCAAAAGACGCACUUGGACACCGGAGUGCUUUCGACAUUUUCACGCAGCAUCCAUUUCAGUCACUGCACCUACGCCACGACGUCGCCCUGAUAGCGCAUGGGGCGUGGGCUAGUAAUGACACCUCAACGGACGACGAAACUAAAGCCAAUCCCGAUAAUAGUACAAAUAAGAGGACGGAUAAUAAAAAAUAUGAGGAUAAUGACAGGAAUACUAACGAUAUUAAUAAGAGUAUCAAUGACCGAAUUAAAAAGGCAUCGGUUUAUUUCUCUCCCAGCAUUGCGAAGCCAAACGCAGUGCGAGACGUGAUUCAAAAGGCUAUGGGAAAUCGAAUUCACCACGUCUUGGUGUGGAUGACGAGCCCCAACGACAUGCAAGUUGCCGCUCAGUUGGUCAAUGAAAGCGAAGGCCGAAGUCGCCUAACACGGGGGCCACCCAUCGAGGAUGCCGAGGCUGUUGCCGACUUUAAUGCCUUCUGGGGCACCAACAUCACAUCUACAAGGCAGUUCCCUGACGGUGGCAUUUAUCGUUGUGUGUUGUGGCAUCUUGCUGAGGAUGAGGGAAUCGGCCUCUCGGGGAAUCCAGCGUCGAGUCGUGCGAUUACUCCCCUUUCCGCAUCACUAGUUUUGCGGCAUGUGGUGCAAUAUGCGUUGCGGAAACACAUAGAGCCGAAUACAACGGUGUCUGUGCUCUUCGGUGGUUUCGACGACUUUUUAACGGAGCGCAUCGGUGCUGAAUGGCGGGAUGCGCUUCCACUUAUGCAAGGUUCUCUUUACCAGGCUUCGCAGGAUAUUCAACAGAUGGUUUCUGAGCUUCCCAAGAGUGUAUUGCCCUGCAAAAUCACUGACUUCAGUUUUGUCGCCGCGAGCGAACGCAAUACAGAGGUAUUCCCAGCGCGUCCCCAUCUGGCCCUGACGUACACCAGUGACUACCAUAAUCCUGGAGCGACGAAUCAUGAAAGUAGUAGCAAGACAGAAUAUCCUGACGAAAGAUACGUAGGCAUAUGCACCGCCCCUUCUAUAGAUCCUAUUUACUCGAUCCUUAGCAUCGACGAUAAGGGAAAGAUUCCAGAUACCAUAGAAGCUAUCGAGAUGAUGCGAGGUGCCAUUUGUGCACAGCUUGCCAAAUUUUUUAACCAGCACUUCCGCCACGGAAUUUCUUCAACAUCUGACAAAAGUGCUCUUACGUCUGAUUUCGUUUCUUCGUCUGCAAAGGAUGAUGGGAGCUCUAAUCAGCCCCACACCUCGCAUCCGGCUGUCCUAGCUUUUGCUACGAAGCAGUCUGUGGACAUUAUCUACAAGGGGUACUUCUUCCGCAUUUUUAUUUCCCACUACCGCGAAGUUUCCCUAUUGCGUGCUCUACAGCGUGACGCCGAGGCGAAUAUGCUUGAGAGAAAAUUUUUCUGGACUCCGCAGCAUGCCAAAUAUCUGUCUAGCAUUGUGUAUGGUCACCAGAGCUAUGCCAAGGCCACACGCUUGGCCAAGCGCUGGCUAAGUGCCAUGCUAAUGUAUGAGUUUGUUUUACCCGAGGCGGUAGAGCUUUUGGUAGCGCACGCGUACCUCUCUGAAAAUGUUCACACCGUACCGAAAACCGCUACUUUGGGAUUUCUGCGCUUUAUCCAACUCCUUGCGACGCAUGACUGGACGACACCGCUAGUUUUGCCUUUUACCGAUGAAAGCAAGACGGCAGCCGCCGCGGCUGAGCUAGUGCGGGAACUAGGACCACAACAAGCCAUGUACAUCGCUACGCCCUAUGCACCCACAACAAGCCCGUUCACACUGAAUACCCCUCGUCCAAUGAUUAUGUCUCGACUCGUCCAGCUGGCGAACCGUGCCUUGUCCUUGAUAAUGGGGUGGCUGUUAUGUAGCGAUGGCAGUGGCGGCCGCAUCCAAGAUAUUGAGUCCGGAAUAUUUCACACAAGCACCUUGGUCUUCGACUUUUGUGUUCGUCUUCACCCCCAGCUUAUCCUACACCCCGACCGCGCGCUCUGGCAGCCUGGAUACGGCGAGUUCCCCCAAUCUCAGGUAUCCGUCGAAGCCAACAACUUACUGAUGGGGCCUGUAAGCGAGGAGGGACUUUUCGACGUGUCGAACACGACGGUUCGCCGUAUUUCCAUGUUAGACGAGCUAAAAGAUAAAGAAUCGAUGCGCAAGUAUAUAUUGGCACUGACCGAGCGCGAUCCGGCGGCGCACGCCGUUCAGACCAUCCGCACCACACUUCGCGAUCAGGCGAUGGUGUUUUACGACGCGUUAUCCCCCUUGUUUGUGUACAUUGUUGCGAUCACGGGAAGCCAUGCCCUCAAGCACAGCCAGGCGAUGCACGAGACGGUGGUCCGCGUGUGCCGCGGGGCAGUGUUGGCCGUCCCGGCCGCUGCCGCGUUCAACCGUAUAACAACCGCCAGGGGCCUCACGGCCUCUAGCGGGCCAUCCAGGGCCUCGAGCCUAGAGGCUCGUAAGCGGCUUCAGCACAGUCAGGUACCACGGCAGCGGCACGCAAAGAAAGACGGAGAGGACGGGGAGAAAAAUUCAAACUGCCAAAGAAGCCCUUCGUGUACUCAUGAUGCUCCCCGGGAGACCAAACGAACUAGCCUCAUACGGCCCCCUAAGCCUCAGUUAAAGCGGCGCGACCGACCUGCGAAAUUAGACGCUCAGGAUGAGGCCGAGAAUUCAAUAGGUGAGCCACCCAAGACCUUCCCAACCUCACUAAAGCAGAAGAGAGAUAGAAUUUCAUCCGUUAAGUCAGAGGAGGAGCAACCUCAAAACGAUACCGACCUAGAUAUGAAAAAGGUAAAAAGACCCAAGAUUAGCAGCGUGAAUGAAAAAGAGGGAGUAAAAAGAAAGAAAUCAGGGAACACCGUAAAGCUCAGCAAAGCAAAAUAG